GCCCACCUUCCCAGCUUCCCUUCCCAAACGCACCGCAGAGCCUCUUCCUCCUCCUGUACUGCACUCACACGAGCUGCACCACGCACGCCGGCCUACAAACUUUGAACGUGCUUCAGUCCUCGCUGAUCAUCAUCAUCAUGGACGCCAUGUCGUGCCUGGCGCCGCCGCCGCAAGCGCCGUUCCUCUCGGCGUCCUCCUCGCUCGGCCCGGCCUACUACACCGACGCCGCCCUCGCGCGCGCGCUCAACUUCUCCGCCAUGCCCGAGUACGAGUACGACUACUCGCCGGCCGCAUCCUCGCCCUCCAACUCCGCGCUCUCCUCGUCGUCCCUCCUCGCGGACUUCCCCUGCGGCACCGGCGGCAGCAACUGGUUCGCCUCCACGUCCGCGCCGCCCACGGGUUCGCUCGCCUGCGACUCCGUGCUGGUCGCGUCGGACGCGGCCCCGCGGCCGCCGUCCACCCCCGUCGCCGUGGGCGCCGCGGCGAACAAGAGGCGUGCGGGCCUGGGGCCCAACGCGGCGGGCGCGGGGCGUGCCGGGAAGCGGCGCGCGCGGGCGUCGAAGCGCGCGCCCACCACGUACAUCAGCACCGACCCCGCCAACUUCCGGCUCAUGGUGCAGCACGUUACCGGCGUCCAGUCCGAGCCGGGCACCGACGACGGCAGCGUCCUGCACGCAUCGUUCGACGCGUCCUCCGCCGCGGCGCUGCUGGACUGCCACCCGUUCGGGGACGCGCUGCGGCUGCCGUCGGACGCCGACGCGGCCGCGCUCCAUCGCCACCACCAGCAGCAGCUGGUGCAGCAGCAACAGCCGUGCUACCCGACGCUGGACUCGUGGAGCGUCAUGUACGAGAGCAGCCAGCUGCUGUAGCUCUAGCCGAUCGAGCUCCGUGUUUUCCAUGCAUUAUUAACCAUGAGAGUAGGCCAGGAGCCCAGGACCGCCGUAGAUUUCUCAUUACUUACAGCUCCUGUAAUAGUUCUUUUGCCCGGUCCCUAAUUAAUGUAUGUAUUUUUCCA